AUGGUUCACGUCUCCUUCUACCGCAACUAUGGGAAAACAUUCAAGAAACCUCGUCGUCCAUACGAGAAGGAGCGUUUAGACGCCGAGUUGAAGCUCGUCGGUGAGUACGGACUCAGAUGUAAACGUGAACUAUGGAGAGUACAGUACGCUCUGAGUCGAAUCAGGAACAAUGCUAGAAACCUUCUUACUCUUGAUGAGAAGAAUCCUCGGAGGAUUUUUGAAGGUGAAGCCUUGCUUCGAAGAAUGUUUCGUUAUGGAUUACUUGAUGAGACACAAAAUAAGCUUGAUUAUGUUCUUGCUUUAACUGUUGAGAAUUUUCUGGAACGUCGUCUUCAGACACUUGUUUUUAAAUCUGGUAUGGCGAAAUCUAUUCAUCAUGCUAGGGUUCUCAUCAGACAGAGGCAUAUCAGGGUUGGGAGACAGGUUGUUAACAUCCCAUCUUUUAUGGUGAGAGUUGACUCCCAGAAGCAUAUUGACUUUUCACUUACAAGUCCCCUCGGUGGUGGACGUCCCGGAAGGGUGAAGCGAAAGAACCUUAAGGCUGCUGCCAAGAAGGCGUCUGGUGGCGACGGUGAUGAGGAGGAUGAAGAUUAA